AUGGCUGUGUCAGCAGCAGAGAAUGAACAAACCUAUCAGGCAGUAAGUGAUUCUACGGACUGCAAUAGUCAUGCGAAACACAACGAGGAUGGGAAUGAGGGAAUGCUGAUGGAUAUUAGCGAAAUGAAGGCAACGGUGGAGGAUAAGAUGGAAACGAGGGAGUCGCUACAGGAUAUUAACGAAAUGAAGGCAACGGUGGAGGAUAAGAUGGAAACGAGGGAGUCGCUACAGGAUAUUAACGAAAUGAAGGCAACGGUGGAGGAUAAGAUGGAAACGAGGGAGUCGCUACAGGAUAUUAGCGAAAUGAAGGCAACGGUGGAGGAUAAGAUGGAAACGAGGGAGUCGCUACAGGAUAUUAACGAAAUGAAGGCAACGGUGGAGGAUAAGAUGGAAACGAGGGAGUCGCUACAGGAUAUUAGCGAAAUGAAGGCAACGGUGGAGGAUAAGAUGGAAACGAGGGAGUCGCUACAGGAUAUUAACGAAAUGAAGGCAACGGUGGAGGAUAAGAUGGAAACGAGGGAGUCGCUACAGGAUAUUAACGAAAUGAAGGCAACGGUGGAGGAUAAGAUGGAAACGAGGGAGUCGCUACAGGAUAUGAGGGAAAUGAUGAAGUUGCUGAAGGAUAUGAGGGAAAUGAUGAAGUCGCUGAAGGAUAUGAGGGAAACGAUGGAGUCGCUGAAGGAUAUGAGGGAAAUGAUGGAGUCGCUGAAGGAUAUGAGGGAAACGAAGGAGAUAGCUGAGACGAUGAAAUCGUUAGUAGACUUGUUGCAGCGUGGCUUGUUACAUAAAUACGUCGUUGCUCCAUGCGUGUUGAAAACGCCACAUCCGGAUGGUGGAGCAGGGACCUCACCCUCCGGUAGCGGUCAACAGCAGUUGUGUUCUGCUCCUCCGCAAUCACAACAUGCCAGUUCACAAGCUCAGUCGGUAAACAUACCCGAAACUUGUGUGGUUAAAAAAUCGCCUAAUUUAACGGCCCAUCAACAAGUGGUGUACAAUUCGCUGAUCUAUGUCCCUCGCAACUUCAAGGAGGCUGUUGACUGGUUGAUUGCCGUGAGGGGAGAUGAUGGAAUGAAGAACUUGAAGGCUUUGGGCGCGGCGCUUUACGAUUUUUACGCACACAUGUCAGGUAGAUUCACAGAGGUGUCAGAUCUAGAUAAAGUCAUACGCGUUUCUAGAGAGUUCUUAGAGCAAGAGAAGCUUAAAAAGCGUCGAUCCGUUAAGCGUAUUCUGAUCAAACUAAAUGAUCGUUUGCGUAAAACACCCGAUCAGCUAGCCAAGCGCAUUGGCUCUGCACACGAUACAAAGAACGAGAAGUACUUACAAAAAAAGGGUCUCACUGCUGACACCAUCGCAGAAAACCUAUGUUGCGUCGUGGAUGCUUGUGCGGAGUUCCUGGGAAGAAUAAAGAACCGCAGUCACUACAAGUCUGCUUACAGUCCGCAGGCGACGUGGGAUGCGUCAUUUUCGGCUCAUCCGGAAACUGGCGUAGUAAUCUUCGUGGGUAUUGCGCCAAUGUUAUGCGCAAGCAUAUCAUCUUUGAAUGCUGCUGUGUUUGCUGCGAUGUUGAGAUUUCCGCCGUUUAUUGCGUAUAAGCGUAUGCAGGAGUUGAUACAAGCCUUGGGUUACGUAGAGCCAGAAUGCCGCGCUGGCAUGACGGCUUCGUAUGUCGGAGAUGCCUUGGAAGGUUUUGAAGAGACAAUUAUCUUCCUUUACGAACUCGCUGGCUUCUGGAUUUUCUACUGA